UAUCUAGCACCGCGGAAGACGGCCGAUGCGAGUGUUGAGACAAACCCGUGAAUAUUACUACGACACGUACCAUCACAACAAUAAUAACAACAACGCGGUGCUCACCGCUAUAUUAAAUAAUAAUUAUUGUGUAACCGUUGUCGAAGUCGUUCAGUAUCGCGUUUUACCGCGGUUCAGAUCGGAUUUUUACCAGCUGGUAUACGACGUUCGCACGCACCUCACAUUAACCGGCCACCGGACGAAAAUCAGAGUGGUAAAUGGUAAUUAUUAAUUAUCUCUAAUAAGCUAUCGGUCCGCUGAAAACGGAAAACACAAAGUAGGUACGUCUCGAAAGGCGUGACCGGCAGCGCCAUCUUCCGGACAACACCGUCGGCCGACAGCCGCCCGCGGCAUACCGCAUAGAUAGCGGUCCGCGAGAGACACUUCGCCCGACGCGCGACGUCGGCGAUUUCCGACUGGCCGAAAACCACCACCGAGAGAAAAGACGCUGUCAUGGGCCUGUUGUUCCGCCGCUUGUUGCCGUCCACUGUUGUCGUUUCCUCGUCGUUGAUCUUUCAGAGCAAAAAUCUUAGUAGCAUAACAAACAAAAUGGCUGAAGAUUGGAAGAAUGCCAAAUCUGUGUAUGAUUUCACAGUAAAAGAUAUCAAGGGAGAAGAUGUAUCAUUGGAAAAAUACAAAGGUUGUGUGUUGAUCAUUGUAAACGUAGCAUCCAAAUGUGGUUAUACAUCUAAGCAUUACAAAGAGUUGAUUGAACUAGAUGAGAAGUAUCGUGACAAAGGGUUAAAAAUUCUCGGUUUUCCGUGUAAUCAAUUUGGAGGACAGGAACCUGGUGAUGCUGAUAGUAUUUGUAGCUUUACUGCAAAACAAAAUGUUAAAUUUGACAUAUUUGAAAAAAUUGAUGUCAAUGGCAAUGACGCACAUCCAUUAUGGAAAUAUUUGAAAUCAAAACAAGGCGGUUUAUUGAUUGAUUCUAUUAAAUGGAAUUUUACUAAAUUCAUUGUUGACAAGAACGGACAACCUGUUGAGAGGCAUGCUGCUAAUGUUAGCCCUUUGGGUUUGGAGAAGAAUUUGGAAAAAUAUUUGUAAAAUCUUUUAUGAUCAAAACAAUAAUUAUAAUCUUUCAUAUCUCAAUUUAUUCUAUUAAAAUGAUUCAAUUUGUUUUUCACUACAUUAAUAAGGCUGCAAGAUAUUAUUAUACCUAUUGGCUAUUAAGAAUUGUUUUUUUUAUUUAUUUAAUUUUUAUAUUUAGAAAACUUUAUUUGCGUAAUCAUUAUUUUGAUCUUCAAUGUAUAAAGCAAUAAUAGUGUAUAUGCAUGCUUUUUUUGUUUGUUAAAAUAUGGAUCAAAUCAAUUA